CACAGAACGAGCGUGCGAGACCAUCGCUGUCCAGGAACACCCACGUUCGUCUCAAGUGUCUUUGCCACUUCGGUCAUCCAAGUUCCUGGAAGAUCUUUAAAAUGAGUCUGGCCCCCGAAAGAUGCACGACCGUCACGGGCGCCCCAGCGCAGAGCAGCUCAUGCGCAAGAUCGCGCCCGCCUUGGAGCCGCGCUGCGUUCCUGCAGUCCGCGCGCUGGCCGAAAAUUGCACGUGCAGUUGCAAAAUCUGCGGUCGAUUUGAAAAGCCUGCCGCCCAUCCCAAAACAGGGGGCAUCACUGCCCGCGCUGUGAAUGACAUCGUCAGCAUGUACAGCUUCGAAGUUAAAAUGUGUCGCUGCUUUAUCCAUUUUUCCGUCAGCAAGCUCGGCUCAAUCGACGUGCAUCCGCUGAGCUGCGAGGAUCGGUCACAACAACAACGAUAGCUCACCCUGGCAUACGUUGCAAUUGCACGGCGCCGCCCGUGCCCUAGGAACACCUGAUCUCGUUGCACAAGGUUUCCUGGGAACGCUUGAUCUCGGUGCACAUGAGGAGAGCAAAUCUAGUCGCAGUAAUCUGAAUGUGUGCUUUGACGGCGGCGUCGUGGCGCAGGCUGCCAAGACGAGCGAUUAGACGGAGUGCAAGGAGACCCGUAAAGAGGACGAGAGAGAGGAGAGAGGAGGAGGAGGGAGGAGAGAGAGAGGACAACAAAAAAUAGAUAACCAGAUCUUCAGUGAAGCGAGGGCGGACAGCGGCACACCGCGUAAGCACUCGGGCGUCAGCGGAAGCCUGGCGCCGGUGGACCUCUGCCGCCCCGCGUCGCAGUCCGAGGCCUCCGCGGCGCGUGCUGCUCUGGCCCCUGGCGCCGUGGCCUCCUCAGUGCGUGGCCGCCUGGAGCUCUGGAUUCCCUUCCCAGGGAUCGGCUCCUC